AUGACAUUCGGUACCCUCUACAUUCUUCCACCAUCCCCAAGAAGUGCAUGGUUGCCAAAGCUAGCAAAAUACCUCGGACUUGAAAUCAAUGUAAAGUCCAUGUUGGAAGUUGAAGACUUCAAGAGCAAAUUCCCAUUGGGAAAGGCACCGGCUUUUGAAGGAUCAGAUGGUUUCAGAUUGACCGAGACACUUGCAAUCAUCAAGUAUUUCAUCGAUUCUUCCUCCAAGCCGGAAUUUGCAGGCAGUUCCUUAAAAGAGAAGGCAUUGAAUGAGAAGUGGUUAUCCUUUGCCAACUCGGAUUUAUGUGGCGCAAUGGUUGGUGUGUGGUUCUGCAAAGAUGAGUCGAAGAAACCUGAAUUGGUGUCCAAGUUGAACUCGCUUCUUCAAUACAUUGACAAUGAGUUGAACAACUCCAAAUUCCUAGUUGGUGACUCGGUUUUAGUGGCAGAUAUUCUCCUAUACGUAACCUUACAGCACAUUGUUGAGAUUGGAGUUGACAUCUCUUCAUUCUCCCAUCUUAAGAAGUAUAGCGAAGAAGUUGCUAAACAUGAACUUUUGGCGGAGUAA